UCUCUCCAGGCUGUGACCUUAGAUGAAGAUUGACCCUGGAAUAACCUCAUGUCAUGGCACUGUUCACCUCAGUACUGGGGGUCAAGGACGUUUUUCUGCUGCUGCUGUUGAUAGGAAUUUCCUCCCUUUUACUUACCUAUCACAUAGUGUUGUACCUCCCAUACCCACCUGAAGGUCACAAGGAGGUCAAGGACGUUCAUUUUCUAGAGAUUCGUCAAAAUCAAAUUGCUAGAAAAACAUAUGGUGAAGAUGGGUUGGAUCUCCCUGAGAAGGUAGACCACCAAGAGCAGAAAGCGACAGCUACAACUCGGAAGCUCAAUAUCUUGAACAAGAUUUUUAAGAUUGAAGAGAGAAUAAUAGCUGUAUCUAGAUUUCCAGCGCUUAUUGAAAACGAGGGAGCAAAAGACAACAGCACGCUAGUACUGGAAGAUCUGUUACGUCACUUAGACUAUAGAGUGAUCCACAGAGCUGAAAAUGUUGGACAGAAAAAACAGAAGUUGUCAAUGAUUUGGAAUUUAAAGGGACAUAACUCCACAACUGUUACAGAAAAUGAUUUAAAGAAGAUUAACUCCAUACAGAGCUUACAGCGGGUUGUAGCUGACCCUUCUCUCCUCUGCAGUAUACAGAAAACACAGAAUGCAUUCUCUAAAGUGAGGGUAGGGGACAGAACUCUAUGCUAUGUUUUGCCACACUUGAGUACCGAGCUGAAAGUUGACUCACACAAGAGAGAACUGGACUAUAUGUACCUACAUAAGGAUGACAACAUCUCUAUACAAAAAUUACAUUUAACACAGAGGGAAAUGAUGACGGUAAGAGUAGAGUGGCGAGUGUCUCCUGGAGUGCUGAUGUUAGAGGGGGCUCCAUUCUCCUUACGUCUGGCUGUUCUUAUAACCUCCCUGUCCCCACUCAGGGCCUAUCUUCACUCCAGCUGUCAGGUGUUCAAAAUCAACCAAUCAAAUAGGAUUAAAAGGGAGGAUUUGACCACACUGUGGCAUGUACGUCAAAGUAUUCAGCAGAACUUUGAGGAGACGACGGCCAAACUUUGGUGGAACCACCUCAGGAGGGGGCUGAUUAACGGACUGCUUACAGCGGAGCUAGGAGUGUGGACAUCAGGGGCAGAUAACCUUUGUAGAUGCAGCAGGUGCUUUCAGAGUCUGUCUGUGGAUAUAGUAUUUACAAAUGAAUUUCAGCCAAUCAUAUUAAAGGUUGAGCCUUCAGAUUACAGAGUGAUGCCGCAGGACAUUAAGAAUGAUGUGGUAAUGUUAACGUCAUUCAAAGAACCUGUAUAUGAGGAUGUUGUGAAAGAAGCUGGGAAUAUUCAACCCCAGAAAAUGCAUUGCAGAUCAGAGUUAUCUCCCUGCCUACAGGAAUCUGAUCUGACCUACUUAUUGGACACUAGAAGGGAAUUCAGGGCACCUGUAGAUUUCCUCAGACUAUACCCUACAGUAUCAGAGGACUACAGUCAUUUAAUGGAUCAUUUCCUCCACCUAUUCUUCAUGGAUCAAAGAGGUUCUAAAUUUGUCAAUGUCACCGGACACCCACCCAGCUGUCAUUUUACUCCCGAGGUACACCCAGUCAUAGAGGAGGCAGAGAGGCUCUAUCAGCAGAGCUCUAAAGGGAGACAACUCACACCAAUACAAAACAAGCCAAUGUUCUUGUCAAGGAAACUUGAUGCCCAGUUUUCAGAAGAUAACCUUAUUAAUGAAGAUGUAAUGUCCACAUCAGGGAAGGUGACACCAAAUUGUAGCUCAGAUCAACAAGAUUUGUCGCUGUUAUCCACAGUCACUUUAUCCCCCUCCUCUGUCCAGCUAUCCCCCGAGUUUGACCCUCAGCACACAAUGUAUGAGGCCCAUGCAGACUAUAACACCAUUGUCUUCUCUAUAACGGCAAUUACCAAGCAUUGUAACACCACGGCAAGAUUUCAUACACCAGACGGGGAAGACAGUUCUAUGAAUUACACCCUUGGUUUAGGAGAGAACAGAAUCAGGAUACAUGUAGUGAUGACAUCAACAACAGAACCACAAAUUGUCAACACCUACGUUAUCCUGAUCUGGAGACAGGGGAGGGGGAUUCCCCAUCUCCGCCCCUCGUUAAGAGUCUGUCAGCUUACUCAGGAUUGUGAGCUGAAGUAUUCCCCCAGUGAGAGUUGUGGAUUAAGAGCUGUUACAAGGUUUAGAUCCUGGAGGUUGUACCAGAAAUACACUUCACAACUUCCUGUUUGUCAACAGUCGGAUUACCAGGAAACCUCCUGGUUUGUUCCAUGUGAAGACUGUAAAGACCCACAUUCAUGUCACUGGAGGAGUGCUACAUGGCAGACAAACAUUUGUCAGACUAAACAUCUGAGUGACCUAGAUAUUAGUUCCUGUUUUAAAGGAAGAAAAGUGCUUUUUAUUGGAGACUCAACAAAUAGGGGGAUUAUGCAUUAUAUUCUGGAGAAGAUAAAUGGUUCUCUGACAGAAUGGGACAAAACUCAUAAUCUUAAGCUCUACAAAAGUAUUAAUGGUAAUCAAACAGAUCUGAGCUUUUCAUAUUACCCACAAUUCUGGUUACCUACCAAUCACAGACCAGCAUUUGACAAGGCAGUAUUCCAGCUGAUCAAAUGGACGAAGCCAUUAAGUGAUGACAAUAGGACAGUGUUAGUUGUUGGGGGUGUUCAUUGGUUGGCAAGUCAACAUCUAGAUCUCAUCAUCAAAGCUUUAAAGAGAGAAAAUUUAUCCCACAUCAAGCUGAUUGUAAAAGGAUUAGGUUCGGGAUUCCACCAGCAUGUCAAUGGUGUUCACUAUCUACCACAGACCGACAUACAGAAACUUGUACUUAGAGAAAGAGAAUUAGAAAAACAUGGCAGGAAGUUAGGGUUCGAAUUCAUCAAGACGUUUAAUCUGACAAUGGCCAGAUUCAAAGAUUUUCUACAGGGAAAAUGUGCCUGUCAUUUCCAUAAGCUUUCAGAAGUCAAGAAUCCUGGCUCAGAGAAAACAGUUUACCAUGUUCAGGGUGAAAUAAAUGAAAUCUACUCACAAAUGGUUAUAAAUAGCAUAUGUAAAAAUGAAACUUAAUAAAAAAAAAUGACAAGGUGAUGCAUUGUUCAUUGUACCUGGAGCUGAAGAAAUCAAUUCUGUGAGGCAUGGAAGAGGCAAUGUCCUCAUAAAAAAGAAAUCAGGAGUCUAAUAACAGGUUUGAUGUCCGGACAGCUAUUCUUUUUACUGCUUUGUUUACAAAAUAUUAUUUUCAGAGUUUAAAAAAUGAAGCUAAUUUGAUACCACAUUGUUAAUCAUGGUAAAAGUUCAAGAAGGAAUCUUCUGCUGAAAUACAUUUUAUUAAAUUAAUGGACUUUUAUUUUUAAAUGCACCUACUGUUUUGUAAUCCUUGAUAUUUCAAAUGCCAUUAAAGUGUUAUUUGAUUAAUGUUAAUGGUUACAAUUUAACUACUGUA